ACCAGCUCAUAACCAGUUAAGGAGAGGCAGGGGUCACACUUGGUCCUGCAGAAACUCGCCUCAUGUGGCGAGCUAACAGGCGCUUGGAGUCUCAGAACUGUGGUCAAAACGGUUUCACGUUCUGAAGAGGGCUUGAUUUGAACCCCUUGGGAGGAUGGCAGAAGGAGCUGAUGGAGAGGAGGAGAUCCAGUUCCUGCGUACAGAUGAUCAAGUUGUCCUGCAGUGCACAGCAUCUAUUCUGAAAGAGCAGAUCAAACUGUGUUUGUCAUGUGAGGGAUUUGGGAAUCGUCUGUGUUUCCUGGAGACCACCUCGAACGCUCAGAAUGUUCCUCCAGACCUGGCUAUCUGCUGCUUCAUUCUGGAGCAGUCCCUGUCGGUGCGAGCCUUACAGGAGAUGCUGUCCAACUCUUCUGUGGAUGAGGCCGUUGAUUUAGACAAAUGGUCUUCACAAGGUGGGGGGAGUCGAACUCUGCUCUACGGGCAUGCCAUCCUCCUGAAACACACUCACUCCAACAUGUACCUGAGCUGCCUGACCACGUCUCGCUCACUGACAGACAAACUGGCCUUUGACGUGGGCUUGCAGGAAGACUCCACAGGCGAGGCCUGCUGGUGGACCAUUCAUCCAGCAUCCAAACAGAGGUCUGAGGGUGAGAAGGUCAGGGUGGGAGAUGACCUCAUCCUCGUCAGUGCUUCUUCAGAGCGAUACCUGCAUCUCUCCUACGCUAGUGGUGACUUGAUGGUAGAUGCCUCCUUCAUGCAGACACUGUGGACCAUGACUCCUGUGAUGUCUGGCUGUGAGCUGGCUGAAGGUUUCCUGACUGGAGGGUAUGUGCUCAGACUCUUUCAUGGUCACAUGGAUGAGUGUUUGGCCAUUCCAGGUGCUGACCAAGGGGACGACCAGCGCAGGGUUGCUCAUUAUGAAGGUGGUGCCGUUUGCAGCCAUGCUCGUUCUUUAUGGAGACUUGAGCCUCUACGGAUCGCGUGGAGCGGAGGUCACAUUAAAUGGGGUCAGUCCUUCCGGAUACGCCACAUUACAACAGGAAGAUACCUGUUCCUUGAUGAGGAGAAAGGACUUCUGUUGGUGGACCCAGAGAAAGCCAAUUCCAAGAUGUCAGCCUUCGGCUUCAGGAUUUCUAAGGAAAAAAUUGAAUUGACUCAGAAGAGAGAUGUGGAGGGCAUGGGCACACCAGAGAUUAAGUAUGGAGAGUCCAUGUGCUUCGUACAGCACGUCUCCUCUGGGCUCUGGCUCACUUAUGCUGCUGUUGAUGCCAAGUCUGCACGACUAGGUCCUCUGAAGAGAAAGGCUAUACUCCACAAAGAAGGUCACAUGGACGAUGCCCUCACGGUUGCUAGAUCUCAGACAGAAGAGUCUCAAGCUGCCAGAAUGAUUUACAGCACAACAGGCCUCUUCAACCAGUUCAUCAAAGGUCUAGAUGCGCUGAGUGGGAAAAACAAAUCUGCCAGUCCUCCUUCUCUGCCCAUGGACACAGUGGUGCUCUCGCUACAAGAUCUCAUUUUCUACUUCCGACCGCCUGAGGAGGAGCUGGAACACGAGGACAAGCAGUUUAAGCUUCGCUCCCUUAAAAACAGACAGAACCUUUUUCAGGAGGAGGGAAUGAUUACUCUUGUUCUGGACUGCAUUGAUCGUCUCAACGUGUACAACACUGCCGCGCACUUCUCAGAAUACGCCGGCGAAGAAGCUGCAGAGUCAUGGAAGGAGAUAGUCAAUCUGCUGUAUGAGCUGUUAGCCUCUUUGAUCAGAGGAAACCGUGCUAACUGUGCUCUGUUCUGUGACAACCUGGACUGGCUGGUCAGUAAACUGGAUCGGCUGGAAGCAUCAUCAGGAAUCCUGGAAGUGUUGUAUUGUGUUCUGAUUGAGAGUCCAGAGGUGUUGAACAUCAUCCAGGAGAAUCACAUCAAGUCAAUCAUUUCCCUUCUGGAUAAACAUGGGCGCAACCACAAGGUUCUAGACGUGUUGUGUUCUCUUUGUGUGUGCAACGGGGUGGCUGUAAGGUCCAACCAGAACCUCAUCACAGAGAACCUACUUCCAGGUCGGGACCUCCUGCUCCAAACCAACAUCAUUAACUAUGUAACCAGCAUGAGACCCAACAUUUUCCUUGGAACGUGCGAAGGAUCUACGCAGUAUAAGAAGUGGUAUUUUGAGGUGAUGGUGGACCAGGUGGAGCCAUUCCUGACUGCUCAGCCGUAUCACCUGCGUGUGGGUUGGGCUCUGACGGAGGGCUACAGUCCUUACCCCGGUGGUGGGGAGGGCUGGGGGGGUAACGGGGUAGGAGAUGACCUCUACUCCUAUGGCUUUGAUGGGAUCUACCUCUGGUCAGGACGUGUUCCACGUCAUGUUGCAUCUCCCAGUCAACACGUCCUGGAAGCAGAAGAUGUGGUCAGCUGCUGUUUGGACCUAAGUGUACCCAGCAUUUCCUUCCGUAUUAAUGGACAUCCUGUUCAGGGAAUGUUUGAGAACUUCAAUGUGGAUGGUUUGUUCUUUCCAGUUGUCAGCUUCUCUGCAGGCAUCAAGCUGCGGUUUCUUCUUGGAGGUCGUCAUGGCGAUUUUAAGUUUCUCCCUCCUCCAGGCUAUGCUCCGUGCUAUGAGGCAGUGCUGCCCAGGGAUCGGUUGCGGAUUGAGCCCAUCAAGGAGUACAAACAUGAUUUUGAUGGCAUCCGCAACCUACUGGGUCCAACCCAGUCCCUUUCACAUACGGCAUUUACUCCAUGCCCUGUGGACACUAUACAGAUUGUUCUCCCUCCUCAUUUGGAGCGCAUCCGGGAGAAACUUGCAGAAAACAGUCACGAGUUGUGGGCCGUUACCCGGAUAGAACAAGGAUGGACAUUCGGACCAUUUCGUGAUGACAACAAGAAGCUGCACCCCUGCCUAGUAGACUUCCAAAGUUUGCCCGAGCCUGAGAAGAAUUACAAUUUAGCGAUGUCAGGAGAGACUCUGAAGACUCUGCUGGCUCUUGGGUGCCAUGUAGGAAUGGGAGAUGAAAAGGCAGAAGAAAAUCUGAAAAGAACAAAACUCCCCAAAACUUUCAUGCAGAGUAACGGAUACAAACCCGCACCUCUGGAUCUAAAUCAUGUCAAACUGACUCCAAAUCAAAACACACUAGUAGAGAGACUGGCAGAAAAUGGACACAAUGUGUGGGCCAGAGACCGUGUUCGCCAGGGCUGGACGUAUAGUAUUGUGCAGGAUAUAAUGAACAAGCGCAAUCCCCGUCUAGUUCCUUACAAUCUGCUGGAUGAAAAGACCAAAAAGACCAACAGAGACACUGUUUGUGCUGCAGUUCGCACUCUGCUUGGAUAUGGCUACAACAUAGAACCACCUGACCAAGAGAGCAGUGGGCAUGGACCGAGCAGCUCUCGUGAAAAUAAAAUUAGAUUGUUCAGAGCUGAGAAGUCCUAUGCUGUCACACAGGGGAAGUGGUACUUUGAAUUUGAGGCUGUGACCAUAGGAGAGAUGAGAGUGGGAUGGGCCAGGCCCAGUGUCCGUGCAGACACUGAGCUUGGUGCUGAUGAGUUGGCAUAUGUCUUCAAUGGCUUCAAGGCUCAACGCUGGCAUGUGGGAACAGAACCUUUUGGCCGUCAGUGGCAGCCUGGGGACGUGGUGGGCUGCAUGAUUGACCUCACAGAAAUGAACAUCAUGUUUACUCUGAAUGGAGAAAUGCUGAUCAGCGACUCAGGCUCAGAAAUGGCUUUUAAGGAUAUUGAGAUAGGAGAGGGCUUCAUACCCGUGUGCAGUCUGGGCCUUUCCCAGGUCGGCAGAAUCAACCUGGGUCAGAACGUCAGCAGUCUUCGUUACUUUACCAUCUGCGGCCUGCAGGAAGGAUUUGAACCAUUUGCUAUCAACAUGAAAAGAGACAUAACCAUGUGGUUCAGUAAAAGCCUUCCCCAGUUCAUCAUUGUGCCCACUGACCAUCCUCAUAUCGAGGUAUCGCGUGUUGAUGGAACAGUGGACACUCCUCCUUGUCUCAAAGUGACCCACAGGACGUUUGGGUCUCAGAACGCCAACAUAGAUCUGCUGUUCUUCAGACUCAGCAUGCCAAUUGAGUUUCAUGAGUCCUUCAAAGUCCCUGCUGGAACUACGCUCCUGACCAGGGCUCUGACCAUUCCUGAAGAUCAGGUCUUAGAAGUGGACCCCAACUCUGAAUUUGAAAUACUAAAGAAGUCUGCUACUCGCAAAGAGCAGGAGGAAGAGAAGAAGGAUUCCUCUGUACCUAAAGAGACUCCUGCCAUCAAAAAUGGAGAGAACGAGAAGGAUGCCUCCACUGAGAAAAGCAAAAAGAAAGGUUUCCUUUUUAAGGCAAAGAAAGCUGCGUUAAUAACUCCGCCCCCCAUUGUUCCCACCUUGCCUCGCUUGGUCGAAGAUGUUGUACCAGAUGACAGGGAUGACAUGGAUAUAAUUCAGAACACAACUACAUACUUUUACUCAGCACGAAUAUUCGCAGGACAGGAACUCGGAGGAGUGUGGGUGGGCUGGGUCACACCAGACUACCACCAGUACGAUCCCCAUUUUGAUAUCAGCAAAGUAAGAAACGUAACCGUCACUGUUGGUGACGAUAAGGGCAACAUUCACGACAGUAUCAAACGCAGCAACUGCUACAUGGUUUGGGGCGGAGAGUUCAGCAGCUCCCAGCAGACCCGAGUCAGUCAGGAGGACUUUGUGAUUGGCUGCCUUGUUGACUUGGACACAGGACUCAUGACCUUCACUGCAAACGGAAAAGAGAUAAACACAUUUUAUCAGGUGGAGCCAAACACAAAGCUUUUCCCAGCAGUCUUUGUUCUGCCUUCCAAUCAGAACGUGAUCCAGUUUGAACUCGGCAAGCUCAAGAACAUCUUGCCUUUAUCGGCUGCCAUGUUCCGUAGCGAACGCAAGAACCCUGUUCCCCAGUGCCCUCCGAGGCUGGACGUCCAGAUGUUAACCCCAGUCAUCUGGAGUCGAAUGCCCAACGACUUCCUGGCUCCAGAGACUGGGCGUGUCAGUGACCGGCUGGGCUGGAUGGUGCAGUGUAUGGAGCCGCUCACUAUGAUGGCCCUUCAUAUCCCAGAGGAGAACAAGUGUAUUGACAUCCUGGAACUGUCUGAACGAAUGGACCUGCUGAAGUUCCACUAUCACACUCUGAAGCUGUACGGCUCAGUAUGUGCUCUGGGAAACAACCGUGUAGCACAUGCUCUGUGCAGCCACGUUGAUGAAUCCCAGCUCUUCUACGCCAUCGAAAGCACCUACCUUCCCGGACCAAUGAGGAGUGGUUUCUAUGAUCUGCUCAUCAGCAUGCACCUGGAGUCUGCCAAACGAAAUCGUCUGGGAACCAACAAGGAGUUCAUAGUUCCAAUGACAAACGAAACGCGUAGCAUCAACCUUUACACCGACAAGUCUCAUGCUUUACCCGGUGUUGGCCUCACCACGUGUCUCCGUCCAAAACUCCAUUUCUCUUCAGUUGGAUUUGUGGGAACAGAUCCAGAUAUUUACACUCUGAGUCCUGUCAUCCCCUUACAGGUGCUAAAAACCAAGGCUCUAAGCAUGCUUAUUGAAGCUGUACAAGAUGGAAGUCAAGCCAUGAGAGAUCCUGUGGGGGGCAGUGUUGAGUUUCACUUUGUUCCCAUCCUGAAACUUAUCAGCACCCUCCUCAUAAUGGGUGUGUUUGAUGAUGAAGAUGUGACACACAUCCUGAAAAUGAUUGAGCCCACCGUAUUUCAUACUUCAAAGUCGGAGGAGCCUACUGAGGAGAAGGUGGCAGAAGAAAAGGAACCAGCAAAAGCAGCAGUGGUCAGAGAGGAAGAGCUGGACACUGCUGAGGAAGAGGAGUGUGAAGAUUAUGGUUUUGAUGAGGAGGAUGAAGAAACAGAAGAAGAGGAACAAUUAGAGGAGACAGAGUCAGGCGUGAUACAGGAAGAAGAUGGGGAGGACACAGACUUUGUAAAUAGUGAAAAAGGAGCCGAAGAAACAGAAAAGGAAACAAAACAUGUAGAAAUCGAAGCUAAAGAAGAACAUCUAGAUCAAGGGCUUUUUCAGAUGAAACUACCAGAAUCUGUGAAACUGCAGAUGUGCACUCUGCUGCAGUAUUUCUGUGACUGUGAACUACGACACAGGGUGGAAGCCAUCACUGCCUUUUCAGACCGGUUUGUUGGUCACAUACAGUCAAACCAGAGGCGGCGCUACAACAACCUCAUGAUGGCCUUCACCAUGUCAGCAGCUGAGACUGCCCGCAAAACCCGGGAAUUUCGCUCACCACCUCAAGAGCAGGUCAACAUGCUAAUGAACUUCAAGAACUGCCCUGAUGAUGAGGAGUGUCCUGUUCCGGAUGAGGUCCGCGAGGCCUUGCUGACAUUUCAUAACACCGUGCUGGUUCACUGUGGUGUUCACAUUGAGGAAGAAGAACAAGAGGAGCAAGUGGAUAAUUCUCUCCGCGGGCGACUGUUCCGUUUGCUGGAAAAGGUGAAGAAAUUCCGGGAGAAGAAGGUGGAAGUUGAGCCUGAAGCGCAGGAAGAUAAAAAACCAAGCACACUGCAGGAGUUGAUCUCCCACACAAUGAUCCACUGGGCCCAGGAAUCCUUCAUCCAGAACCCUGAGCUUGUGCGUAUGAUGUUCAGCCUUCUUCACAGGCAGUACGAUGGGCUUGGCGAGCUCACACGAGCUCUUCCCAAGGCCUACACCAUCAAUGAGGUGUCCAUUCAGGACACCAUGGACCUGCUGGAGUGCUUGGGGCAGAUCCGCUCUCUGCUUAUUGUACAGAUGGGUCCAGAAGAGGAGAGACUUAUAAUUCAAAGCAUUGGGAACAUCAUGAGUAACAGAGUUUUCUACCAGCACCCAAACUUGAUGCGAGCUCUGGGAAUGCAUGAGACCGUCAUGGAAGUAAUGGUUAACGUGUUGGGUGGUGGAGACUCAAAGGAAAUCAGAUUUCCUCGAGUGGUGACCAACUGUUGCCGUUUCCUCUGUUACUUCUGUCGCAUCAGUCGUCAGAAUCAGCGUUCCAUGUUUGACCACCUCAGUUACCUCCUCCAGAACAGCGGCAUCGGCCUUGGAAUGCGUGGCUCGACCCCGCUGGAUGUGGCUGCAGCUUCUUGCAUUGACAAUAACGAGCUGGCGCUGGCUCUGCAAGAGCAAGAUUUGGAGAUGGUGGUGAAAUAUUUAGCUGGCUGUGGACUUCAGAGCUGUCCCAUGCUCCUGGCUAAAGGUUACCCUGAUAUUGGCUGGAAUCCUUGCGGUGGGGAGAAAUACCUGGACUUCCUUCGUUUUGCUGUAUUCGUCAACGGAGAAAGUGUGGAGGAGAAUGCCAACGUUGUAGUGCGCCUUCUCAUCCGAAGACCUGAGUGCUUUGGUCCGGCUCUGAGAGGCGAGGGCGGCAAUGGUCUGCUGGCUGCAAUCGAGGAAGCUAUAAAAAUAUCUGAGGACCCUGCAAGAGAUGGUCCUAGUGUGAAGAAAGAUAGACGUUUCCCCAUGUUUGGAGGAGAAGAGCAGCAUGAGGAGAGCAGGGUGCAUCUAGGAAACGCCAUCAUGUCCUUCUACUCUGCUCUGAUUGACUUGCUGGGACGCUGUGCUCCAGAGAUGCAUUUAAUUCAAGCUGGUAAAGGGGAGGCUCUCAGGAUCAGGGCCAUUCUGAGGUCUCUGGUUCCUAUCGAGGAUCUUGUGGGAGUCAUUAGUCUUCCUGUUCAGAUUCCUUGCUUUGGGAAAGACAACAGCAUCAUAGAACCAAAGAUGUCAGCUAGUUUUGUGCCGGAUCACAAGUCUCCCAUGGUGCUAUUCCUAGACAGGGUCUAUGGUAUUGAACACCAGGAUUUCCUGCUCCAUGUGCUGGAAGUUGGCUUUCUGCCUGACAUGAGGGCGGCUGCCUCUCUAGACACCGCUGCUUUCAGCACCACAGAGAUGGCUCUGGCAUUGAACCGCUACCUGUGCUCUGCUGUGCUGCCGCUCAUCACUAAGUGCGCCCCGCUCUUUGCUGGCAGCGACCACCGAGCCAUAAUGAUCGACUCCAUGUUGCACACCAUCUACAGGCUGUCUCGAGGACGGGCUUUCACGAAGGCUCAAAGAGACAUCAUCGAAGAGUGUCUGAUGGCUCUGUGCAAACAUUUACGUCCCUCCAUGCUUCAGCACUUGCUAAGACGGCUUGUGUUUGAUGUACCCAUUCUCAAUGAAUAUGCCAAGAGGCCACUGAAGCUUCUGACCAGUCACUACGAGCGUUGCUGGAAAUAUUAUUGCCUGCCUAACGGCUGGGCCAACUUUGGAGUUGCCUCAGAAGAGGAGCUGCAUUUGACCCGCAAACUUUUCUGGGGGAUUUUUGAGUCACUAGCACACAAGAAAUUUGAUGCAGAAAUUUUCAAAAUUUCAAUGCCGUGCCUGUGCGCUAUCGCUGGAGCCAUCCCUCCAGAUUAUGUGGAUGCCAGCUACUCCUCUAAAACAGAGAAAAAGGCCUCAGUAGAUGCAGAGGGGAACUUUGAUCCUAAACCAAUAGACACCACAAACACGAUCAUCCCAGAGAGGCUGGACCCUUUUAUCAACAGAUAUGCCGAGUACACGCAUGAUAAGUGGGCAUUUGAGAAGAUUCAGAACAACUGGUCAUACGGCGAGGUGCUGGAUGACAACGCAAAAACUCAUCCCAUGCUCAGACCGUACAAAACCUUUUCAGAGAAGGACAAGGAGAUCUACCGUUGGCCGAUCAAAGAGUCCAUUAAAGCCAUGAUAGCAUGGGAAUGGAACGUAGAGAAAGCACGAGAGGAAGAGGAGUCAGAGAAGAAGAAGGCAGCAUCCAGAAAAAUUUCCCAGACUGCUCAGGCUACUUAUGAUCCAAGCCACGGCUACAGUCCACAGCCUAUCGACAUCUCACACAUGGCUCUCUCAAGAGAUCUGCAGUCAAUGGCGGAGCAGCUGGCAGAGAAUUACCAUAACACUUGGGGCCGCAAGAAAAAGUUAGAGCUUCAAUCCAAAGGAGGUGGGACCCAUCCUCUGCUGGUUCCUUAUGACACUCUGACAGCAAAGGAGAAGGCAAGAGACCGAGAGAAGGCCUACGAGUUGCUCAAGUUCCUGCAGCUUAAUGGAUAUGCUGUCACACGGGGCCUGAAGGACAUGGAGUCUGAGAUCUCCUCCAUUGAGAAGAGAUUUGCUUAUGGCUUCCUGCAGAAACUGCUGAAAUGGAUGGAAAUUGCCCAGGAAUUCAUUGCUCAUCUUGAGGCUGUGGUAAGCAGCGGACGAGUGGAGAAGUCUCCUCAUGAGCAGGAAAUCAAAUUCUUUGCUAAGAUUCUGAUGCCUUUAAUCAAUCAGUACUUCAAAAACCACUGCCUCUACUUCUUAUCAACACCGGCUAAAGUUCUGGGCAGUGGUGGGCAUUCUUCCAACAAGGAGAAGGAGAUGAUUGCAAGUAUCUUCUGUAAGAUGUCUGCUCUGGUGAGACACAGGGUUUCUCUCUUUGGAAGCGAUGCUUCGGCGAUCGUUAACUGUCUUCAUAUUCUGGCUCGGUCACUGGACGCAAGGACAGUGAUGAAGUCUGGCCCUGAGAUUGUGAAAGCAGGCCUGCGGUCAUUCUUCGAGAGCGCCGCUGAUGAUAUGGAGAAAAUGGUGGAGAAUCUCAAACUGGGUAAAGUGUCCAAAGGAAAUCAGCAAGUGAAAGGUGUUUCCCAGAACAUCAACUACACCGCUAUUGCCCUGCUUCCUGUGCUCACCUCCUUGUUUGAUCACAUAGCUCAGCACCAGUUUGGGGACGAUGUCAUGUUGGAUGAUCUGCAGAUCUCUUGCUAUCGCAUCAUGUGUAGUAUCUACUCUGUGGGGACUGUUAAAAACCCACAUGUGGAGAGGCAGAGACCUGCCCUGGGGGAGUGUCUGGCUCACCUUGCAGCAGCGAUGCCAGUGGCCUACUUGGAGCCUCAUCUGAACGAGUUCAAUGCUUUCUCUGUGUACACCACAAAGACACCAAGAGAGAGAGCCAUCCUCGGCCUCCCCAGCGAGGUGCAGGAGUUGUGUCCAGAUAUUCCAGUGCUGGAUAUUCUGUUGAAGGAGAUUGGAGACCUGGCGGAGUCGGGAGCUCGCUACACUGAGAUGCCUCAUGUCAUUGAAAUUACUCUGCCCAUGCUGUGUAACUACCUGCCACGUUGGUGGGAGGGAGGCCCUGAAAACUUCCCCGAGAUGGAGGGUCAACUCUGCACCGAGGUCACGUCAGAGCACCUCAACCAGCUCCUGGGCAGCAUCAUGAAGAUUGUAGUCAACAACCUGGGGAUUGAUGAAGCCUCAUGGAUGAAGAGGCUGGCUGUAUUUUCACAGCCUAUAGUCAGCAGGGCGAAGCCAGAAAUGCUCAAGUCCCACUUCAUCCCAACAAUGGAGAAGCUGAAGAAGCGUACUUCAAAGGUAGUGGCUGAGGAGGACCAUUUAAGGAUGGAGGGGAAGUCAGAAGGAGACGAGGAGGAUGGGACAAUACGGGACGAGUUUGCUGUCCUCUGCAGAGACUUGUACGCUCUUUACCCUCUGCUAAUUCGCUACGUGGACAACAACAGAGCAAGGUGGCUGACAUGUCCUGACCCGGAUGCAGAAGAACUCUUCCGGAUGGUCGGAGAAGUCUUUAUUUUCUGGUCCAAAUCUCAUAAUUUCAAACGUGAGGAGCAGAACUUUGUGGUGAUGAAUGAGAUCAAUAACAUGUCGUUCCUCACCGCCGACAGCAAGAGCAAAAUGAGCAAGGGCGGGGACACAGAGGGUGGAGGCUCGGAUGCUGAACGUACAAAGAAGAAGAAAAGAGGCGAUCGCUAUUCUGUCCAGACUUCACUCAUCGUUGCUGCCUUGAAGAAGAUGCUCCCCAUCGGCCUCAACAUGUGCUCUCCUGCUGAUCAGGAGCUCAUCAACUUGGCAAAGAUCCGAUACUCUUUGAGAGACACAGAUGAAGAAGUAAGAGAGUUCCUGCAGAAUAACCUCCAUCUUCAGGGCAAGGUGGACAACCCCUCCAUGCGCUGGCAGAUGGCGCUGUACAAGGAGAUGGCAGGAAAGGCCGAAGACGCUGAUGCUCCAAUGAAAGUUGUCAAAAGAGUGCAGGAGGUUUCUGCUGUCCUCUAUCAUCUCGAAUUAACAGAACAUCCUUUUAAAUCAAAGAAGAUGGUGUGGCACAAGUUGCUGUCCAAGCAGAGACGCAGGGCUGUGGUCGCCUGCUUCAGGAUGACACCACUGUACAACAUCGCAAGGCACAGAGCUUCAAACAUGUUCCUUGAAGGAUACAAACGUAACUGGAUUCAAAGUGAGGGGUACUCAUUUGAAGACAGGAUGAUAGAUGAUUUAUCAAAAGCAAUGGAGCAGGAGGAAGCCGAAGAAGAGGAGGAGAAGGAAACAAAACCGGAUCCUCUUCACCAGCUAAUUCUUCAUUUCAGUCGAACGGCUCUGACAGAAAAGAGUAAACUUGACACAGAUCACCUUUACAUGGCAUACGCAGAUAUUAUGGCAAAGAGUUGCCAUAUUGGUGAUGAAGAAGAAGGUGGAGAUGAAAAUGCAGAAAAUGCUCAAGAUGAGAUGUCCUUUGAGGUGCGACAGUCAGAACUGGAGAAAGAAAUGGAGAAGCAACGGCUGCUCUACCAGCAGUCUAGACUUCAUAACCGUGGUGCUGCAGAGAUGGUCCUUCAGAUGAUCAGUGCCUGCAAAGGUGAAACUGGUCCCAUGGUGUCCACAACCCUCAAGCUGGGCAUUUCCAUCUUGAACGGUGGCAACAGCGAGGUUCAGAGGAAAAUGCUUGAAUACUUGAAAGACAAGAAGGAUGUAGGCUUCUUCUUAAGCGUCCAAGCACUGAUGCAGACCUGCUGUGUUUUGGAUUUAAAUGCCUUUGAGAGACAGAACAAGGCCGAGGGGCUUGGCAUGGUUUCAGAGGAAGGAACCAACAUGAACCUAGACCGGGAUGAGAAAGUGAUGGCGGAUGAUGAGUUCACCUGUGACCUCUUCCGAUUCUUGCAGCUGCUCUGUGAAGGUCACAACAACGAUUUUCAAAACUACUUGCGGACACAGACAGGCAGCACAACAAGCAUCAACGUCAUCAUCUGUACUGUGGAUUACCUCCUUCGACUUCAGGAAUCUAUUAGUGAUUUCUACUGGUACUACUCUGGCAAGGAUGUCAUUGAUGAUCCAGGCAAGAAGAACUUCUCCAAAGCGAUGACAGUGGCUAAACAGAUUUUUAACUGUUUAACCGAAUACAUUCAGGGCCCGUGCACUGGAAACCAGCAGUCCCUGGCCCACAGCAGACUGUGGGACGCCAUUGUGGGUUUCCUUCAUGUCUUUGCCCACAUGAUGAUGAAACUGGCUCAGGACUCCAGCCAGAUAGGUCUGCUGAAGGAACUUCUUGACCUGCAAAAAGACAUGGUUGUGAUGUUACUCUCACUGCUGGAAGGGAACAUUGUUAACGGCACUAUUGCUCGCCAGAUGGUGGACAUGUUGGUGGAGUCAUCCAGCAACGUGGAAAUGAUACUUAAGUUCUUUGACAUGUUCCUUAAGCUGAAAGACAUCGUGGCCUCAGAUGCUUUCCGAGAUUAUGUCACAGACCCCCGAGGGCUUAUCUCCAAGAAGGACUUUCAGAAGUCCAUGGACAGCCAGAAGCAGUACUCCCCCUCAGAGAUUCAGUUCCUUUUGUCCUGCUCAGAGGCCGAUGAGAACGACAUGAUCAAUUACGAAGAGUUUGCCAGUCGUUUCCAAGAACCCGCCAAGGACAUUGGCUUUAACAUCGCUGUGCUACUCACCAACCUUUCUGAGCAUGUCCCUCAUGACACCAGACUCAAGAACUUCCUGGAACAAGCAGAAAGCGUUCUGAACUACUUCCGCCCUUUCCUGGGCCGUAUAGAAAUUAUGGGCGCCAGCAGGAAGAUUGAGCGUAUCUACUUUGAAAUCAGUGAAGUAAAUCGCAGACAGUGGGAAAUGCCCCAAGUGAGAGAGUCCAAACGGCAGUUCAUAUUCGACGUGGUCAAUGAGGGCGGAGAGUCGGAGAAGAUGGAGAUGUUUGUCAACUUCUGUGAGGACACCAUCUUUGAGAUGAAUAUAGCCUCGCAAAUUUCAGAGCAGGAGGAAGAGGAAAAGAGGGAGGAAGAUGAUGAAGGAGAUGAGGGUGGAGGUGAAGGAGGGCAGGGUGGGGGUGCAGGUGCAACAGGGGAUGAGGAUAUUAAUGGAGAAGAAGGGCAGCCUGAAUCAACCUCUGCCUUUGCUGACUUUCUGCAAAGCCUGUCCAGCUUCCUGUGCAUUUUCACCUUCCGCAACCUUCGCCGACAGUACCGCAGAGUGAGAAGGAUGACCUUCAAGGAGAUCGUGGUGGCUUUGUCCAAAUUUUUCUGGACCAUCCUGAUGAGCAUCCUUCACUUCAUUUACAGUGUGUGUAAAGGCUUCUUUGUGAUCAUCUGGCAAGCGCUGUUUGGAGGCGGCUUGGUGGAGGGAGCGAAAAACAUCACCGUCACGGAGAUUCUAGCUAGCAUGCCAGAUCCUACGCAGGACGAUGUACAUGGAGAUGGACCAGGGGAGAUGAGGACAGGUGAAGACCAGGAUGCUGGAGGGGUGACAGACACGGGUGAGACCGGUAGUGGCGAGGAGGAGGAGGAGGAUGCCCCAGAAAACGAGGGGGGGAGAGUACCUGGGAUGGAUGCUCCAGGUGGGCUUGGUGAUAUGGGUGUAGAGGAACCCGUUGAACCUCCGACCCCUGAAGGAUCUCCCAUUACAAAGAGAAAAGUGCUGCCAGAGGAGCCCGAUGCUAGCCAAAAACCAGCAGAACCUGCUCCUGUGGAGGACGCUCCCCCACAACCUGAAAAGUCGGACAUUGAAACUGGAGAGAAAUCAGAAAAAGAUUCAAAAAGUAAAGAAGAACAGCAGCCGGAGCAGCCGCGGAGAUGCACACGAAAAAAAGAGAAGAAGCUGAAACAGGAACAAGGUUUUCAAGUCUGGACCGAGCUGGAAACCCAAAGAAACAAAUUCAUGAACUACCUUUCCAGAAACUUCUACAACCUGCGUUUUCUGGCCCUGUUCCUUGCAUUCGCACUGAACUUCAUUCUGCUCUUCUACAAGGUGUCCGAUUCGCCGCCUGAGGGAGAGGAGAUGGAGGGAUCUGGACUCUCAGAGGGAAGCGGGCUGUUCGAGGGCUCUGGUUUGUUUGAAGGCUCAGGGGAGGAGGACGAGGGGUCAGGAAUGAAUGGAGAAGAUGAAGAGGAAGUCCCACUCUAUUUCUAUUUAGAGGAAAGCACUGGAUACAUGCAGCCGACACUGGCCUUCCUUGCCAUCCUGCACACGGUCAUUUCAUUUAUCUGUAUCAUUGGCUACAACUGUCUGAAGAUUCCCCUGGUGAUCUUCAAACGGGAGAAAGAACUGGCUAGAAAGCUUGAAUUUGAUGGCCUCUACAUCACCGAGCAGCCCGAGGAUGAUGACAUUAAAGGGCAGUGGGACCGAUUAGUCCUGAACACGCCUUCUUUCCCAAACAACUACUGGGACAAAUUUGUCAAGCGAAAAGUUCUGGACAAAUAUGGAGACAUUUAUGGGAGAGAAAGAAUAGCAGAGCUCCUGGGUGUUGAUUUAGCCUCCCUGGAUGUGAGUCAGCAACAUGAGAAGAAACAAGAAGAACCAGACAACUCUGUGUUUGCAUGGAUGACCUCCAUUGACAUCAAGUACCAGAUCUGGAAAUUUGGAGUUGUGUUCACAGAUGGUACGUUCCUUUACCUCUGCUGGUACCUGGUGAUGUCUUUGCUUGGACAUUACAACAACUUCUUCUUCGCCUGUCACUUACUGGACAUCGCCAUGGGAGUCAAGACCCUUCGCACGAUUCUGUCCUCUGUCACACACAACGGCAAACAGCUCAUGAUGACGGUGGGCCUGCUCGCCGUGGUGGUGUACCUCUACACCGUCAUUGCGUUCAAUUUUUUCCGCAAGUUUUACAACAAGAGCGAGGAUGAAGACGAACCGGAUAUGAAAUGCGACGACAUGAUGACUUGCUACCUGUUCCACAUGUAUGUGGGCGUGCGUGCUGGCGGAGGCAUCGGAGACGAGAUCGAGGAUCCUGCAGGAGAUGAAUACGAGCUGUAUCGAGUGGUCUUUGACAUAACUUUCUUCUUCUUUGUCAUUGUCAUCCUGCUGGCCAUUAUUCAGGGUCUGAUCAUCGAUGCUUUUGGAGAACUCAGAGACCAACAGGAGCAGGUUAAAGAGGACAUGGAGACGAAAUGCUUCAUAUGUGGCAUUGGGAGUGACUACUUUGACACUACACCGCACGGCUUUGAGACCCACACUUUUGAUGAACACAACUUAGCCAACUACAUGUUUUUCUUGAUGUACCUUAUAAACAAAGAUGAGACAGAGCACACGGGACAGGAGUCUUAUGUGUGGAAGAUGUACCAGGAGCGCUGCUGGGACUUUUUUCCUGCUGGAGAUUGUUUCAGAAAGCAAUACGAAGACCAGCUUUCAUAGAUGGGAUACACUUUCUGACUUGGG